AUGAAUUCUGCCGCGGCUGAGGUACCAAAGUACUCAGGAUUCAGUACAUCAUCAAAUCUCGACUCUGAACCACCACGUUCCACUCGUGACAAUCAACACGCACAGAAACUACGCAGUAAGGCUUCCGUGAAGACCAGAGCAUCGAGUCGUGUUUCUUCUCUUUCUGCUUCCGUACUUUGUCGUACGCUGAAAACUUGGGAGGAACGGGCCACUCUCCAUAAGAUUCGCUUUAUUGAAGAAGAUUGGAAGGAUGAUGAAUUCAAUAAUUUCAUGAAGUCACUCAAAUACCCGAGCUUUAUUCUGGAGGAAGGCGUAAUGCGUAUAGUUAAUUCCUGGCUACAUCACUUUCCAAAUGGUGAACAAGUUCAACGCGAGUUUAGUAGUUGGCGCGAUCGGCUGAAUAGCGACAAGGUCGAGCUUGGUGACAAAUAUCAAUUUGCGAUGUCACUACCAAUUCUUCUUUAUGCUUGGAAGACUGCUUUAAUCCACGCUGAACCAGGGAUAAACGAAGCGUCAAAUCGCCAAGGCGCAGAUAUUUUAAUUGAGCUUGCGUUUCAAAGUCGUCCCAGGGCCGACCAUGAUAUGGAGGUGCUUAUAGCUCUGCAUUACUGA